UCUCAGUUCCCUUCUGACAUUUCAGAUAAUUUUACCUAGAUCAGAAGCAGAAGUCAAGAAUGGCGGUAAACCAAGAACAAGCAGACUAUCACCUCAUUGGGCUCUUCACCCGAUAUUCAAGCUGGACUGCUCGCGUUGAAAUAGUGUUGGAGUAUUUCCAAAUUCCAUAUACAGAGCAACAAAUAAAUUUUGACGAUGUCCGCAAAUUCUCCCCCUCAGGGCUCGUCCCCCUGCUCGAAUGCCGUUCUUUGAGCUCAACCCUACGCAUCAAUGACUCAAUCGCCAUCUGCGAGUUUCUCGCAGAGUCAAACCCUCAUCUUGCCCUGUGGCCACAGGACCGCCUCCUCAGAGCCAUGGCGCGCAGUGCAGCGGCCGAAAUGCACUCUGGUUUCACGGCGCUGCGAAACGCAUGCCCCACGAACUUCGUAGUGCGGUAUACGGGCAAUAUCCCCGUGCCUGAGGCUGCGAAGAAAGAUAUCCAGCGUCUAUUUACGAUCUGGGAUAAUGCGCGACAGGCAGCAAAGUCACGGCUGGCUGAGCUGGGUAAGAAGGAUGAGGGGUUUCUGUUUGGUGGGUUUAGUAUUGCCGAUGCAUUCUUCUGGCCAGUGCUCUGGCGCUUCCGCACGUACAAUCUCCCUCUCGAGGGCGCUAGCGCUGAUGUGGUGAAGUGGAUGGAGACAAUGUGGAAUGAUCCGGCGACGCAGAAGUUAGCGCACAAGUAUUAUCGUCAGGCGGAGCUACCGGAGACCCAUAUGGAGCGGUAUGAGAAUAUCUUUCGUGAUCGUGAAGAUAUUCAGUAUGGAAGGUUUCCGGAGGAUUGGAAGUUUACUGUCCCGGGAAGCUCGUGACGGCCAACCAAUUCUCUUGUUUUGAAUACAGGAUCGGUCUGGCCGAUCCAGAAUCGUUCGUCAUAACACAAGAGUUAUAUAAAUAGGUUCCUGCUCAUCUACCACCCUGAGGCAGCAGGACAUUCUUGAAUAUGGUAUAGUUGGAUUCCCCCUUCGUAUCCAGCACCGCAAAGACAAUCUCUUCAAACACUCCAUCCCACUCCGUCUCCUGCAAAACCUCCUUGUAAAUCCUGGCAACCUCAUACGGCGGAUUUCUGAACGCCCCACAGCCCAUCGCCCCAA